UCCACAGUGGAGACAUUGACUUACCAGAGGUCACAGACUGAAGUUAAAGAGGGGUGCAAUAGCUGUUUCCUAAGGGCUCACAGAUAUCUGAGAAACCCCCUCAACUGCACAGCUGAUUUCCACAGAGGAGUACUUUUCAGACUAAAACAGGAGCUGAACCUUCCAAUUUUGGGACACCCAUCAGCAUGUGCUCUCAAAAAAUCUCCUCAUUUCAAAAGUUAGCAAUGAAACACAUCUCCCUGACAUGGUGGAGUGAGGACCCACCGGUUGAAUAAAACAUCAGACAAAACCAGCAUGUUGCAGGUUUGGAGGUGUUAAACAUGCCAGGGUGCUUUUGACAAGACACCAACUGGAAUCCAAAACCAGACAGACCUGAGGUGCCUUUUGUUGUUGCUGCUUAGAACACCACCUGCCUUUUCAGCAGCUGGAGACCAUCUCCGCCAGUCCCAUAUUGGCCAAGUGAUAAACACAAAGUGGAAAAGGUUUCUGGAGCACUUCCAAAGAAUAUACACUGUACACAUUUCUUAAUUACACCCCAUUUACACCCAACUUUUCUCUGCCUUUAUCCCUUUCCAUCCAUCACUUCCCUGCUGACCUGCUGACACGGCACCCAGCACAGCAGAGAAAGCAGGCAGCUGUUGCUCUUGCCCUCCCUGCCUGCAAUAUUCUGACUCCAGGUGGAGCACAAGUCUCCAAUAAAACAGGAAUCUGUGAAAAAACAAGAUCAGCGCCUCCCCCCACUGUCUUCGGAGCUCCCUCCAGACACUCUUCCACACCAGAGACUGGAAUCCCUGAGCUCAGCCCUGCCCUACUUUAUGUCCCAGUCCCCAGGCAACUGCGUGCUCCUCGGCACAGAUGAGGAUGGAGAAGAGGUCUCGGAGCGCGUCCAGGGAGUCCCAUAGAAGACACAGAGAGUCCCCGGCUGCGCAGAGCAAAGGAGAGAAGAGAGAGAGCAGCAGAGAAGCUGGCAAAGGGAAGGGAGAUGUAAAGCAGGAGAAAGCCAAGGAGACCAAGAGCACUGUGGGGAGUGAUGGUAGGGUCCACACCUCCACAGUGGUGGACGUGGAUGAUGUGGUGUCUGAUGAAGAAAUGGAGGCAAUGGCAUUGCUGGAUAGUGAGCAGCAAGAGGAAGGUGUAAAGUCUCCUGGUCUGGGUGUCUGUGAGUGGCUUUUGACCAUUGUGUCUUUCCUGUUCAUCAUAAUGACCUUCCCCAUUUCUGUCUGGUUCUGCAUGAAGGUAGUGCGGGAGUAUGAGAGAGCCAUUGUUUUCCGACUUGGGCAUCUCCUUCCUGGCAGAGCCAAAGGACCUGGCCUUUUCUUUUUCCUUCCCUGUUUGGACACCUAUCACAAGAUAGACCUCCGCCUCAAAACCCUAGAGAUCCCCUUCCAUCAGGUGGUGACCAAAGACAUGGUUACUUUGGAGAUAGAUGCUGUCUGCUACUACCGGUUGGAAAACGCCUCUCUUCUCCUCACCACCCUGACCAGCAUCUCCAGUGCCAUCCAGCUGCUGGUGCAGACCACCACAAAGCGCCUCCUGGCACACCAAGCCUUCUCUGAGCUUCUGCUGGAGAGGAAGAACAUCAGCCAGGAGAUAAAGAUGGCUUUGGAUGCGGUCACAGGCUGCUGGGGGAUCAAAGUGGAGAGAAUAGAAAUCAACAACGUGCAGCUGCCUGCUGAACUCCGCCAGUCCCUGGCUGUGGAAGCAGAGGCCCAGAGACAGGCCAAAGUGCGGGUGAUCGCUGCAGAGGGAGAAAAGGCUGCUUCCGAGUCCCUGCGGAUUGCAGCUGAGAUCCUGUCCAGUGCUCCAGCUGCUGCUCAGCUCCGUUAUCUCCAUGCACUGCACUCCCUUACCACAGAGAAACCUGCUGCUUUCAUCUUGCCCUUGCCUCUGGAUGCCAUGAACCUGGUCUCUCCAGCUACUCACAGCCCUCCAGCUGUAAGCAGCCUCCUUACAGGCACCGAAAAGCUCCCAGAAAAUCCAAAAGACAAGAAGGACUCACCUAUGCUCUGAGAGAAAUGGUUCCCACAUUGCUUCUGCUCAGAAAGGAGCAAUAAGACUGGCCCACCACCAGGUUCUGACCUGGAGGCAGGAGGGAAAGCAGCCCAGGCCUGCAAUAUAAAGUGGAUUGUACACGGAAAAAGCCUCUACUUGUUUUGGAAAGGAAAAAAUGUGGAGUGCAAGGAGCAGGCCUGGCAAGUGUGUGAGCAAAGGGUUGAGGGAAGUGGGGUGUCAUCCCUUCCCCUCCACAGAGCCAGGUGUACCUUGACAUGUUACAGCCUGGCUCCCAGGGUCUGAUCCAUCUUGCCCCAUCACCUUGGAAGGAAGGACAGACCCUUCCCUAUGUCCUUACUUGCCUCCCAUCCACAAACCAAAAAGCCAGGCAGGUGGGAGUGGGAGCAUAACAAUCCAUGGGGGAACAGCACGCAGGCAGGAUGCAAGGGUUUCCCACCUUGCAUCCUGGUGGUCCUGCAAGGAGGGAAAGAGCUGGGUCCUUGUGGUGUCCUGGAUAUGGGAUU